AUGAAAUUUUUGACUGCAUCUGAAGAUACGGGAUCUAUCAAAGAGAUUGUAUGUUCUCGUGGUACCGACACAUCAAAGCAAGAUGCUACGCAACCAACAUCAAUAACUAAUAUCUGUAACGAAGAAGGUGCUUCCCUCAAGACUAGAGUAUUACAAAUGGAAGUCACUGGAGAUGUUCUCGUUGCAUCCAGACUUGGUGGUACAUUGUGUGUGUAUGACUUGAAUUCAGAAACUUAUGAUUUACUUCACGUGUACACCUUUGAAGGUCUCCUGAAGGAAGAUAAAUCUGUUUCACUUGUGGAAGACAAAAAGAGUGAUGUGAUCAUUGUAGCAUUUGAGUCAGGAAAAGUAUUCCUUGUCAACUUGAAUGAUAAAAAAUUUGACUUACCACCUAUCAGUUUAUCUUUACCAACAAAUAAACAAAUAUCUUGUUUGACCAUGCAUCCAACCCAAGCUGGAAUCAUCGCAUGUGGUGGUAAGGAAAACGAUGCCCAAGUGAUCAAGUUAUACGAAGGAACUAUCAGCCAUGCUUUAUUCAAGAGUGAAAAGAAGGCAGCCAAGUUUUUCAAGCCAGUAGUGCUAUUCACUGCUAAAAAUGUUAAAAAUAAUCACUUGGACUUGAGAUCUCCAAUUUGGAUAAGUAAGAUUUUAUUCUUAGAUAGUGCUAAGCCACAAGGCUAUGACUUCUUAACCGUGACAAGAUAUGGACAAUUGCGUAUCUACGAUACCACUCAUGGAAAGAGACCAAUCAAGGACUACCCUAUUUGUGACAAAGCUAUUUUGGAAGUAGGAUACACAUCUGCUGAGCAAGAUGACAUUGUUGUCACUGAUACCCAUGGCUUACUUGCCAAGUUCUCCUUGACAGCUGUAGACGAAAAGGCAUACAAGACUAAUUCUGCAUCUGCCGGUAAGGUUGUGAAACCUGUGGCCAAAUUGUUGGGUAAAUACACUGGAGGUAACACUGGUGCUAUCUAUGGUCUCGAUGUCGUCAAUGAUUUACUCGCUAGUGGUGGUCUUGACAGAUACUUAAGAGUGUACGACGUACAAAGUCGUGAAGUUGUCGCCAAGGUAUACAUUGGAACCCAGAUAAAUGAGGUUAUCAUCCUUGAUGAUGAAGAUGAAGUGGAUGAAAAUGAAGUCGUUGAACCAAAGAGAACUAGAGAACAAAUCGAAGAAGAUGCCGAAAAGGAAGAAGAAGAAUUAUGGAACCAAUUGGGAGAUGUUGCAGAAGAUGAGCAACCUAAAAAGAAGAGAAGGGUAUAA